CGAUCUUACCUCUACCUCCACAUAACUUCUUAUUUAAAUCAACUUUUUAAAAAGAUUCAGAAUCUUUAAAUCUCAACCAGACAAAAAUCUCCGUGUGGGUUUCGUUAUUAGAACCCAUGUCUCAUAUCCUAACCCAUAGAAACAUAAUAACACUCUAUGUUGUGUUCUUAACCACGUUCUGUUUCUCGUUCUGUUCUGCCAGGAUCACACCGGAGACAUCCUCCACAGCAAACGCAACUCAAACAAUAAACCUCAACAACGCCACGUGGCAUAACUUCGCACGUCUUGUAGACGUCCAAGUAGGCAGCCACGUCAGCGGAGUAUCAGAACUCAAAAGAUACCUCCACCGUUUUGGUUACGUAACAGACGACGACGACGCUACCAACUUCUCCGACGUGUUCGAUGGACAUCUCGAGUCAGCGAUUUCUCUCUACCAACAAAACCUCGGUUUACCGAUAACCGGAAGACUCGACCCGACCACCGUCGCUCUCAUGUCGUCGCCGCGAUGCGGCGUCAGCGACACACACAUGAUCACCACCGCCGCGGCGCACACGACGGCGCGUUACACGUAUUUCGGCGGGAAGCCGAAGUGGAACCGCGACACGCUAACCUACGCCUUCUCGGAGACGCACAAACUCGACUACAUGAACUCCGACGACGUCAAAAAAGUUUUCCGACGAGCUUUCGGGCGGUGGGCGAGCGUGAUCCCGGUGAGUUUCGAGGAGACCGACGAUUACUCCACGGCGGAUUUAAAGAUCGGAUUUUUCGCCGGCGACCACGGCGACGGGCAACCGUUCGACGGUGUUCUCGGGACGUUGGCUCACGCCUUCGCGCCGGAGAACGGGAGGCUUCACCUCGACGCGGCGGAGACGUGGGUCGUCGACGAUGACUUCAAGGGUAGAGGAGGAUCGACGGUGGCGGUUGAUUUGGAGUCGGUGGCGACUCAUGAGAUUGGUCACUUGUUGGGGUUAGGACAUAGCUCGGAGGAGUCGGCGGUUAUGUAUCCGAGUGUCAAGCCGAGGACAAGGAAAGUUGACCUCACGGUUGAUGACGUGGCGGGUGUACUGAAGUUGUAUGGGGCGAAUCCGAGGUUACGGUUGGAUUCGUUGACGCAGUCGGAAGAUUCUCUUCGAAACGGUGGCGUAUCAGGGAGAUUCUUGUCGGGGGGUUUUACCGGUUAUGUUCUGUUGUUGGUUGUGUUGAUUCUGUUCAUAUAGGUUUUCAGGAAAAAUAUUGUUUGAAAAAUACAAAUUGUAUAAAUAUAAAAAAGGUUUAGGGGGGGAAAGGGAUGUUGAGUGGAAAAUGAUAUUUGGUCUAAGGGGAUUAUUAUUCUUUGGUUUAUUAAUUACUUUGGGUUUGUGUACAUCAUUAUCUCAA